UACUGUGCCGCUCCUGCAACGCGACAACUGCUAACUAUAAAUAGUUUAUGAAUAUUAUAUUUUUUUUACCUACAGCGCUCUUUACAAAUAUCGAACUUAUCAAGUUGCAGCGAACUAAGAUGUCUGUGUGCACACGAAGGACGCGUCCCAGAUUGGGCCAGUGGUCAGGAUGCUCCUGGUGUCUAUCUUUGCUGCUGCAGAUGUGUGAGGGCUUUCCGGCACCAUCUGGAAGUCUGCCGCCAAUCAGCAGUGGCCGUAUGUCCCGAAGAGCGGGCAGCCCGGAUUUGAACGACAUGCUGGCGCAGGCGAUGGUCAACAGCCGGCAAGACGACCGCAUCGUACUGCCGCAGCUAACCGCCAGCCACGAUGCGUUGGACAGCGUGGUAGUACGGCCGCGACUCGGGGAGGAUGCGACGUUCCAGUGCGAAGUGCUGCCGGGCAUGGACUGGCGCGAUGUCGUCUGGCUGCAUGAGAACCGCAUCGUGUUUAAAUCAGGACGACUGCUGCCGCUGCCGGUGGAGGACAUCUCGGGACAGGCCUACAACUAUAGCCGCAUAAACCACACUCUCUCCCUCCACAUCCUGAAUGUGACCAUGCGGUCGGGGGGAUCCGUGCAGUGCAUCACCGCCGCGCCGGGCUCCGACUGGCGCGUUCUGCAGCGCUUCAUGCUGCUGCCGCUGAUUACUGACCAUCGCGACGUCUUUUUCUAUGAGGAGCACGACACUCCCUACCUGAACGUCACCGAGGGGAAGCAUGUCGCCGUGCCGUGUACUGUCCGUCUGCCCCUCCCGGAACGCAUCCACAGGAACCUGCACAACCAUAUGAUCUGGCGCCUUAACGGCCGUAUCAUCGUCGGUCCCGAGGAGGCGCCGUACGGGCCCCUGUUGUCUACCCCGAAACUGGCUGCCACCACCCGCAGAGCGCCGCCCCCCAACCGUCCCGGACUGCUGGCCAGCUUUGUUUUCAACUUUCGGGCGAUUCGACUGAAUGAUACUGGAGAGGUUCAGUGCUUGUUCCGCCCGCAUCAGGAUAUCCACGAGUGGAUCAUCCAUACGAGGGCGCUGUGGGUGUUUCCUGAGAAUGACUUGCCAUGGUAGGCGAUGACUGCUGUACGACAGUCAGAAUGCAAUUUCUUGCAGACAUUGACUGAUGCAGUCCUCUAGCCGUUUGCUUCUGUAAUUAAAGAUAUUAAAUUACACUAGGAAAGUGCACUCGCUUUUUGCGGGCACUGCAUGACCGAAGCGCGUAGCAGGAAUAUGUGUCUAAAUUGGAAUAGUUUGGGCAGAGCCUCUAAAGGUAAAGCAAUUUGAGCUAUUUUCAACACAACAGCACUAGAAGAUUGCCAAUGUAAUCGGGAAAGCCAUCUAUGUAACAGAAAAUCCGUCCACGGCUCUAAUAACUUUGUUUUCGCAAGCGAAUGGUUUUUUUAAAUGUAACUUCUGCUAUACCAAAUAGAGAUCAUGUUGUUUUAUUUUAGAAAUAUUGUUGUCCCUGCUAGACAAACUUUUCUACUCGAGAUGUUGCAGUCUU